AUGGCAGCUUCAUUGUCUUCUUCGGUUACCUCACUACAGUCCUCUCUCCAGAUUUUGGACAGCUCUAUAUCCACCCUCGAUGCGGGCGUAAACGAUUUCCCUCGUCUAUGUAAAGUCCUCCAAACAACGCGACGCAGCAAUCCCCUCCUUGACGAAAUCACCCCCAGCAUCGCCCACCUCCUCACACUGUCAUCGAACCACGUUGAAAAGCUCGCGCGCCGCGAACAAGGCCUCAAGGCGAAAUGCGACCUGCAAGAAGGUCGACUCUCUUCCACGCCUGAGGGCCGGUCAUCAGCUACUCGGAGCCAGCCUCAAGGCAGCUCAUUGCGGGGUCAUUUGGCGGGGUCAGGCGCUGCCUCGUCGGGCAAUGCAGCAGCAUCCAAGGCAGCAGAGCUGAGGAGACUCGUCCAGAAGAAAGAACGACUCAAGUUCGCGGUUGAUCGAUUGGAGUUGCAAAGUACCCAGAAGCAAAGGCAGUUGCGAAAGAGUAUGGCUGCGCAGUGA